GGAACUAAGACUGCACUAUGGUGGGGCUUUUAUUUAUGAUCUGUAUUAUACAUUUGCUGUCAGUUUCUGAGGCUAAAACGUACCUCAUCACGGCACCCAAAGUUCUGCGAGUUGAUGCGUUAGAGACUGUGGUGGUGCAGUUGUUUGACUAUGACCAAGAAACCAUAGUAACUCUUGACCUUAAAGAGAAUCUGGCUUCUGAAGGCAGAAGUUAUGGAUCCCAGAUUCUCAAACUCAACACCAACAAUAAUUACCAAGCUGCAGCUACUCUACGGAUUUUUCCAGACAUUGAUAAAAAAGUCACACAUCUCCACCUGCAGGCCAUAUCUAGUUCCUUCACUAGAGACAUUAGAAUACCAGUCAUUCAUGAAAAUGGUUUUAUUUUAAUUCAGACAGAUAAACCAUUAUACACCCCAGAACAGCCAGUUGAGGUGCGAGUGUACUCUUUGAAUGAAGAACUGAGAAAAACAAAUAGACCUGUUUUCCUAACAUUUAAGGACCCAGAUGGUGUGAAAGUGGAAAUUGUUGAAAUGAAUUCCAUCACUGGUGUGAAACCAUUGCUUCCACCAUUUAAAAUACCAUUGAAACCUAAAUUUGGGGUUUGGAAAAUUGAGGCUGCAUAUGAUACUAACUUCACUACAACUGCCCUGGCUGAAUUUGAGGUCAAAGAAUAUGUACUACCCAGCAUCACAGUCCGCAUUCAGCCAGAAGCAAACUACAUCAGCACAGCAAACUAUGAGGCUUUCAAACUGAAGAUAUUUGCCAAAUAUGUCAGUGGGAAACCAGUCAGUUCAGCAGAUGUCUACAUUCGGUUUGGAUACAUUAUCAAUCAAAAUGUGGUCAUGAUACCACACUCGUUAAACUAUUAUAAGAUGGAUGAUGGUAAAUUGGAUGUUGUGUUGAGGAUCAAGCAAGCUCUGUCCAAGGUAGAUUCUGGGCCUCAGGACCUGUCGGAAAUGAACAACCAUUUUCUCCGUGUGGCUGUUUUGCUAAAGGAGGCUAAAGGUGGUAUUUCCCAGGAGGCAGUUCUGUCCAGUGUAAAGUUUGUCCACACUCCGUUUACCCUGAGUCUUAUUGCAACACCUCCUUUUAUCAAGCCAGCUUUACCAUACAGCAUCAGAGUUUUGGUGACAGACCCACUGGGUGAACCAGUAAGAGGUGUGCCAGUAAAAUUAAGGGCAACAGUAACUAAUGAUAAUAAUGAACAAGAAGAGCAAAUGUGCCAAGCACAGCUACAUGAAAUCACACAGAGAUCAAGAGAUGAUGGUGUUGCAUAUUUUGUUUGCAAUAUUCCAACAAAUGCUAUAAAAGCUGUAUUUACUUUUCAAACAGAUGACCAUAAUUAUCCACCAGAGAGCCAGGCUCACCUUACACUCAAUACUGUGGCCUACAAGUCUGUCAAUCAGCGCUAUUUGUAUAUCAAUUUACCUCCAUAUUCCUCAGUUUUUGACGUAGGCAACUAUGCCAAUAUCAACAUCAACUUUCAUUAUCGUGACUAUCUUUCACUGAAGACCUUCAGUUACCAGAUCAUUUCAAAGGGCAAAGUGGUAAAAUUUGCCACCGAACAACGGAUAUCUGAUAAAGUCCAGAGCAUUAACUUUAAGGUGACUUCUAACAUGGUGCCCUCUGCCCGCUUGGUGGUCUAUUAUGUCCUUACUGGAGCACAAACGGCUGAAUUGGUUGCAGACUCUGUGUGGUUCGACGUCAAGGCCAAAUGUGUCAACGAUUUAGAUGUUAAUCUGGAAGCUCAAAAUAAGGACUACAAACCCAAAGAGAAGCUUACAUUGUCAGUACAGACUAAGAGUGGGAAUGAAAACUCCCUGGUGGCACUCUCAGCUGUUGACACAGCCCUGUACGACCUCAGAGCCAAUGAUAAAAACCCACUAAACAAGGUUCUGCAGAAGUUUGAACGCAGUGACCUUGGCUGUGGAGGAGGAGGAGGCCGAGAUAACGCUGAUGUCUUUAGCCGCGCUGGACUGACUUUCCUUACAAACGCAAAUGCUGAUGCCUCCAAUGCAGAUGAGACUUGCACAGCUGUGCUCAGACCCAAACGCUCCACUCUUUCAGCCAAGGAAAUGGAACAACAAGCCAGUAAAUACAACGCUUUAAAACCAUGCUGUCUGAAGGGAAUGGAAACCACCCUUGUUCUAGAAACCUGCCUGGAUGCAUCCAACAAAUUUAAAACUCCAUACAUGGAAUGCAAGAAAGUUUUCCUGGCAUGUUGUAAUUUUGCAGAGAAACAUCGGAGAAAAAAUGAGGGUCCUGUCCUUUUUCACAGUCCAGGGAUUGAAAUUGAAUCUGCUAUCCGGAAAAAGCGGUCUUUACCCGAUUUGAACGAAAGAUUACAGGAAAAUGCUGAAAGAUACAAAUCUUUUAAACCAUGUUGCUUGGCGGGAACUGACAGUAGCCCGACUAUGGAGACCUGCCUUGAACGUGCCCAGAAAUUAAAAACCCCGUACCAACUAUGUAGAAGAGCUUUCCGUGAAUGUUGCAGCUUUGCUGAAAAGCUUCGGGCAGAAAGUAUUGGCAUCACCCUUGCCCGUACAGAAAUUGAGUUUCUGCUGGACUUGAAGACAGAGCAGGUCCGCAGCUAUUUCCCGGAGAGCUGGUUGUGGGAAGAACAUGAAACUGAAAAGUCUGGAUUGCUACACAUCACUAAAAGCCUUCCUGAUUCGCUGACUACUUGGGAGGUCAGAGCUGUUGGGGUGUCCAACAAUGGAAUAUGUGUCGCGCACCCCCUAAAGGUGUCAGUUCAGCAGGCAGUGAGUGUAGAUGUGCCUCUGCCUUACUCUAUGGUUCGGGGGGAGCAGAUCGAGCUCAGAGGCUCAGUCUACAAUGAGAAUUAUGCAGCUACAACAUACAGUGUAACUUUGUCAGCAUCAGAAGGGGUUUGUGUGUUUCGUGGAACUCUUCUGGCAGAUGAUGGUUUUCAACAAUUUAACCAAGGCAAGAUUGAGGGCAAUUCUGUGGAACUUGUCCAGUUCUUCAUCAUGGCAUUAGAAGUGGGCAAUCAUAAACUCAGCUUCACUCUUACAACCAAAUGGGGAAGAGAAACAGUGGUCAAGACACUGAGAGUGGUGCCAGAGGGAAUUAGAAAGGAAAUAUUAAUUGGACGCAGGAUUGAUCCAAAUGGCAUCUUUGGCACAUCUGUGCUGCGUAUUGAGCUAAGAAACUCCCUUCCUCAAAAGAUUGUGCCCAAAUCCACUGUGGAACGUCUGCUAACAGUGAAUGGUGAAGUUCUGGGAGAGUUGCUGUCCAUCAUUGUAAACCCAAAAGGGUUGACACAGUUGACUAACCUGCCCAGAGGCUCUGGAGAGGUGGAACUCAUGGGUCUUCUUCCCAUAUUCUAUGUGUAUGAUUAUAUCGAGCAGUCUGAGCAGUGGGGGAAAAUAAGGGGAUUUGAAAACAGCGUUUUUCUAAAAAGGAAGCUAAAUGAGGGUAUCACCAGUAUUAUGUCAUUUAAGAUUAGAUAUGAACACUGUUUCAGUUUAUGGAGGAACAAAGAACCCAGCACAUGGUUGACUGCUCUGGUGGUGAAGACUCUGGCAUCUGUAAACAAAUAUGUAACUGUGGAUCACGAUAUGCUGUCUGGAACUGUUCGCUGGCUGAUUUCAAAAUGCCAGAAUCCAGAUGGCUCCUUUAAAGAGAUAUCCAGCUACAAACCUAUAAAGCUUAUGGGUGCAGGGGCGGAUGCCACUGAACAGUCUGUGUAUCUCACAUCCUUUGUUGUAAUUGGGAUCAAACAUGCCUUGACAGUUCCCAAGUCCAACCUGGAAAUGUACGCACAAGGAGUGGAAAGGGCAGUACGCUACCUGUCUUUACAUGUUACAAAGGUGAAAAGUUUGUAUGUAAGAGCCAUAGCGGCAUAUGCCAUGACCCUUGUUGACCUCAACGACCGACAUGCAGUCACACUCACUGAUAAGCUUAAAAAAGAGUCACAAGUUAAAGGAAACCCAGUAACUGUCCGGUUUUGGGAGGAGAGCAAAGCCCCUGAGGACCCACUGAAGCCAAAUAGAGCCACUGCACUCUCAGUGGAGACCACGGUCUAUAUGCUACUCAACACUUUACUCAGAGGAGACUUAACUUAUGCCAAGCCGAUCAUCCAAUGGCUCACUGAUGAUCAACGAUAUGGAGGAGGCUUCCAUUCAACUCAGGACUCUAUUUUAACACUGGAGGCCUUAACCAAGUACAGUAUUUUGGGUCGUAAAGCCGUUUUACAAAUGGAGAUUGAUGUGUCAUACCGAAAAAAAGGAAAUAUUGGUCGUGUUACUUUGACACAGAGCAACCCUGUGGGCAAACCCAUUGAGAUAGAACAUGCUGAGGAUGUCAUCCUGAAAACAGGAUACAGCACAGGGGUGUCAUUUGCUAAUUUGAGAACAGUGUAUUACGAAAUGACAGAGAGCAAUGAUAAUUGCAAUUUCGACAUAACAAUAGAAGUUUAUCCCCGUAACCAAGCUUCAAGAGAUCCUAUUCUUCUCUCACCACGAAUAGUCGCCUGUGCCAAAUAUAAGAAACGUAUAAAUGAGGUUGAGAAUGAGGCAGGUCACACAGUAAUGGAAAUUAAUCUUCCCACUGGUGUGAGACCAAUCCAAGAGGACCUUCAAAGGUUUACUGAUGGACUUGAGAGCCGAAUUUCUGACUAUGAAAUAACUGGCAACCAAGUGAUUGUGCAGUUAGAUUCUAUCCCUUCAGACGAAUUCUACUGUGUGGGCUUCCGUAUUCAAGAGGUGUUUAGAACUGGCUUGAACAGCGGCUCUGUGUUCAAAGUGUAUGAGUAUCACGAUCCAGACAAUCAGUGUACAAAGUUCUACUAUAGUCAGAGUCGCAGGCUUCUCCGUCUCUGUGAUGGAGACCAGUGCCAGUGCAUGGCAGCUGAAUGUUGCAAUUUCAAGGCCGGCAUUGACCCGAAUCUUACUGUCGAACAGAAAAUACGUGAUGCGUGCAAAGAGAACAUUAAAUAUGUUUUAAAAGUAAAAAUAACAUCAACUGAAGCAGACAGUGAUUUUAUGACAUACAAUGCAGAGGUGGAAUCUGUCAUUGAAAAAGGGAUAUUAGACAUAACUCGGGCAGGUUCCUCUGAGGUCAGCUUUGUAAAGAGGGCAACUUGCACAUCAACAAAUUUGGAAAUUGGCAAACAGUACCUGAUUAUGGGUGCAGAUAUCAUGCAGCUUCGGGUAAACCGUAGAUACAAGUAUAAAUUUCUAUUGGACUCACAAGCUUCGGUGGAGUGGUGGCCCUUGGAUUCUGACUGCCAAACAAACUCUUGCAAACAAUACACCAAUGUUUUAAAUAAUUUUGAAUUUGAUUACCUUACUACAGGCUGCCCUUAGGGUAGCUGUUCUACUUUAUAACAGCUGUAUUUUCAUUUAUUCUGGAACAUAAUAUCAAAGCAUUGUUAUUUU